UUUCAGGGACGACAUGUCAAAACAGGCCAACUUGCAGCCAUCAAGGUUAUGGAUGUUACCGAGGAUGAAGAGGAGGAAAUUAAACUGGAGAUUAAUAUGCUUAAAAAAUACUCUCACCACAGAAACAUUGCCACUUACUAUGGAGCUUUCAUAAAGAAAAGUCCUCCAGGACACGAUGACCAGCUGUGGCUUGUCAUGGAAUUCUGUGGGGCAGGUUCCAUCACAGACCUGGUGAAGAACACAAAGGGAAACACCCUGAAGGAAGACUGGAUCGCAUACAUCUCCAGAGAGAUCCUCCGGGUGAGAGAGAGUUUCAUCCUGCUUGUUAUCUACACAGUGGUUCACUCCCUUCCAACUAGGCAUUUUUUUUGUUUGUAGCA